AUGCUGAAGUUUUCCGUAAUGGGAAAGCUUGGAUNACUCUUCAAACUCGAUAGAGAUGCCAAACCUACAGAUAUUGUUGAGCUGAAGGCAUUUAUAGGUCUCUUAUAUUUAGCUGGUGUUCACAGAGGUAACAGACAAAGUUUGGAAGACCUGUGGGGAUCCGACGGGGACGGCAUUGAAAAAUUUCGACUAGUCAUGAACAUCAAAAGAUUUAAAUUCAUUAUGCGUUGUAUGCGAUUUGACGAUCGGAGCAUGAGGAAUGAAAGAAGAAAAAUAGAUAAAAUUGCAGCAAUUCGAGACAUUUUUACAAUGUUCGUGAAAAAUUCACAGAAGUCCUAUAGUUUGGGACAAAAUGUAACUAUUGAUGAGAAACUGGAGGGAUUCCGUGGAAGAUGCGGUUUUGUACAAUACAUACCGAAUAAACCUAAUAAAUAUGGAGUUAAAAUCUACGCACUUGUUGAUUCUCAGGUUUACUAUGUAUAUAAUUUAGAAAUAUAUGCAGGAUUACAACCUGAAGGCCCAUUCCGAUUGAGCAGUUCACCGUCGGAUGUGGUUCUGCGACUUUGCCAACCUAUUUAUCAGACGGGACGAAAUGUAACAGCAGAUAACUGGUUUACCAGUAUUCCAUUGAUAGACGAGUUACGAAGUAAAAAGCUCUCUUACGUUGGAACAUUAAAGAAAAAUAAGAUCGAAAUUCCACUUGAGUUCCUGCCAAAUAAGACGAGAGUUGUUAACAGUAGCUUGUUUGCCUUCAAGAAGGGGUGCACUUUGGUUUCUUACGUUCCUCAAAAACGAAAAUCUGUGAUUUUGGCUUCAAGUUUACAUGAAGAUAACUCUAUCGAUCUUGAUAUCGGAGAUAAAAAGAAGCCAUGUAUCAUUACUUUUUAUAAUGGUACCAAAGGUGGAGUUGACACUGCAGAUAAACUGUGUGCGUCAUUCAACGUGGCUAGAAAUAUUCGCCGUUGGCCCAUGGUGGUAUUUUUUGCUAUGCUCAACAUUAGCGGAAUCAAUGCUCAGGUAAUAUAUUUUGGCAAUGAUCAAAAUGUUAUUCGAAAAAAAACAUUUUUGAAAGCAUUAUCACAUGCAUUAGUUUUACCUCAUAUGGCUCGAAGAAGUUUAGAGACAUCAGGGAUUCAUACUGGCAUGCAACAACGUCUGAAAGAAAUUACGCCAGUAGACCAAGAACAACAGAAAGAAGAAAAUGAAAAUGUAGGAAAACGCAAAAGAUGUCAUACGUGCAUUGGACAAAGGCGUUUAACAAAAUAUNUACUGGCAUGCAACAACGUCUGA